AUGGUGUGUCUAAUACGUUUUCAGUCGACUUCCGGUGUUAUGGUCAACCCUGAUGUGCAGUCGACUUUCCAAAAAUUAAGCGAAGGAAAGAAGGAAUUCCGAUACAUUAUCUUCAAAAUCGAGGAGCGUGAAGUUGUCGUAGAAGCAGCCGUUUCGCAAGAGGAAUUAGGCCUCACUGGCGAUGAUUACGAUGACUCAUCGAAGGCUGCCUUCGAAAAAUUUGUGGCCGAUAUCAAGCAACGCACCGACGGGUUUACUGACUGCCGUUAUGCUGUCUUCGAUUUCAAAUUCACUUGCUCACGUGUAGGUGCAGGCACUUCAAAGAUGGACAAAAUUGUAUUCCUUCAACUGUGCCCAGAUGGAGCAUCCAUCAAGAAGAAGAUGGUGUAUGCGUCUUCUGCAUCGGCCAUAAAGGCAUCGCUUGGCACUGGAAAGAUUUUGCAGUUCCAGGUGUCAGAUGAGUCGGAAAUGUCGCACAAGGAACUGCUGUCAAAACUGACAGAGAAAUAUGCUGACAAUUAA